AUGAAUGGACAAUCCCAGCUGAAUGCACACCUGAAGGAUAGCGUUGUUCACAACUUGCUCUACUUCUCCAGGAGUUAUGGUCUCUUCUUAAUUUGUUUUCCGGAUGCAGUUCCAUCAGGUACUACUCUAAUGCUUGUCCUUCUUUUAUCCCCUACGGCAAGUCAUGUCAGACGGGAAGUGGCACACAAUAUUGGAAGUUUCUCGAAAUUCGGCUCACCGUGUGUUUGGAAUAGCGAUUAUCACCCGUCAGAUAUCGCGUUCGAGAAGUACAACAGUCUACAGUUGUACCGAUACUAUGCAAUGUGGGGUGCAGCUGUUCUCUACUUACUUGGAUUGGCCGUAUUUGCGGUUUGUUCGGUGAUGGGUAUGAUCGGUUGCUGGCGGCGUAGCACUAAGUUUGUUCUUGCCACUGCACUCUUCAUGCUCUUCUCAGUAAUGUUUCUGGCUGGUUCGAUGGCCUGCUGGCAUUUGGUCAGCUAUCUUGAGAGGCAUGUGCUUGAGGUCAGUCCGUUCUACAAAUCAUGGGAACCGAUUUUGAAACAAACGACUCGAUUCAAUUACGGAUGGUCAUACGUAAUUUCAUGGGUUGGCAUUGGAUUUGUACUACUUGCAUGUAGCUUUAUGCUUCUUUCGUAUAAGAAAAUCAAGGAAGAAGAGGAACAAGCGUUCGAGGCGAAACAUGGUGGAUAUAUGAUGCCGAAUGUCUAUGACAAAUCGUCUGCAGUAAUGCCAUAUGCGUAUGGAACGUACGGAGGUUAUGGAUAUCCAUCUCCCUACUAUGGUCAGUUCGGUCCGGCUGGAAGUGCUCCUUACUACGGCUAUAUGACAUAUUCUCACUAA